AUGGCCCAGUCCAAGCCUGCCAUUUCGCCCUGGGGAGGCGCCGUCGCCGGCGCAACGGGAGCCGUCAUCGCAAACGCCCUGGUCUAUCCUCUCGACAUCGUAAAGACCCGCCUGCAAGUCCAGGUGCGCGACAACAACAGCGACAAGACCUCGACCGAAGCCGGCGAAUCGCAACACUACACCUCGACAUGGAACGCCAUCUCGCGCAUCAUGGCCGAGGAAGGCAUCCAGGGCCUCUACGCCGGCAUGAACGGCUCCCUGGUGGGCGUCGCGUCCACCAACUUUGCCUACUUCUACUGGUACACCGUCGCCCGGACGCUCUACACAAAGUCGGCCGGUCCCUCGGCGGCGGCGCCCUCGACGGCGAUCGAGCUCUCCCUGGGCGCCGCUGCCGGCGCGCUGGCGCAGCUCUUCACCAUUCCCGUCGCCGUCGUCACGACGCGCCAGCAGACCGCCUCCAAGGCUGAUAGGAAGGGCCUCAUCGCGACGGCCCAGGAGGUCAUCGAGGGGCCCGACGGCGUCAGUGGGCUCUGGAGGGGCCUCAAGGCCAGUCUUGUCCUGGUUGUGAAUCCCGCAAUCACAUACGGUGCCUAUGAGCGAUUAAAGACCAUCUUCUUCCCUGGCAAGACGAAGCUGAAGCCCUGGGAGGCUUUCCUCCUGGGCGCCAUGUCCAAAGCUCUAGCCACGAUAGCCACGCAGCCCCUUAUUGUUGCCAAAGUCGGCUUGCAGUCGAAACCGCCUCCCGCACGAAACGGAAAGCCCUUUGGCAGCUUCGUCGAGGUGAUGCGGUUCAUCAUCCAGCAUGAAGGCGUCCGGGGCCUCUUCAAGGGCAUGGGCCCCCAGAUCCUGAAAGGUCUGCUCGUCCAAGGCAUCUUGAUGAUGACCAAGGAAAAGGUCGAAUUGCUAUUUGUAUUACUAUUGCGAUAUCUGAAAUCGCUCAGCUUGUCCAGAGCGCGCAGUGCCAUCGCAGCAUCAUCAGCAGCCGCGGACCUGGCAGCCAAUGCGGCAAAGAUAACGCCCCUUGUCAAAAGCUAA